AUGGUCAUGCAAAGACACCACCUCACCUGCGCAGGAAUAGCAUUCGCUCUCUACCUUCAUCACCUCGUCAGCACCAUCGAAGUCCCUCUGGAUUCAAAUAUUCAGAGUGAAUUGCCUCAGCCCCCCACAAUCACCAAGCAGUCCGUGAAGGACUACAUCGUCGACCCGAGGGAUAACAUCUUCAUUGAAUGUGAAGCCAAAGGGAACCCCGUUCCCACUUUUUCCUGGACGCGGAACGGGAAGUUCUUCAACGUGGCGAAGGACCCCAAGGUGUCCAUGCGGCGGCGGUCAGGGACGCUGGUCAUCGAUUUCCACAGCGGGGGACGGCCAGAGGACUACGAGGGCGAGUACCAGUGCUUCGCCCGGAAUGACUAUGGCACUGCUCUCUCCAGCAAAAUCCACCUCCAGGUUUCUAAGUCUCCCCUGUGGCCCAAGGAGAAGGUGGAUGUGAUAGAGGUGGAUGAAGGCGCCCCGCUCAGCCUGCAGUGCAACCCGCCGCCUGGCCUGCCCUCUCCCGUCAUCUUCUGGAUGAGCAGCUCCAUGGAGCCCAUCCACCAGGACAAGCGCGUCUCCCAGGGCCAGAACGGCGACCUGUACUUCUCCAACGUCAUGCUGCAGGACGCCCAGACCGACUACAGCUGCAACGCGCGCUUCCACUUCACCCACACCAUUCAGCAGAAAAACCCCUACACCCUCAAGGUGAAAACCAAGAAACCCCAUAACGAAACGUCUUUACGAAAUCACACUGACAUGUACAGUGCCCGAGGGAUUACGGAAACAACCCCCAGCUUCAUGUAUCCCUACGGGACCUCAAGCAGUCAGAUGGUGCUCAGAGGGGUGGACCUCUUGCUGGAGUGCAUUGCUUCAGGAGUACCAGCACCAGACAUCAUGUGGUACAAGAAAGGAGGAGAGCUCCCAGCAGGCAAAACCAAGCUGGAAAACUUUAACAAGGCUCUUCGUAUCUCCAACGUCUCCGAGGAAGACUCUGGGGAGUAUUUCUGCUUGGCAUCGAACAAGAUGGGCAGCAUCCGCCACACGAUCUCGGUGAGAGUGAAGGCUGCUCCAUACUGGUUGGAUGAACCCCAAAACCUCAUUCUGGCCCCUGGUGAGGAUGGCAGGCUGGUGUGUCGAGCCAACGGGAACCCCAAGCCUGCGAUACAGUGGCUGGGGGGGGGGGGGGCCCUAGACGGGGAGCCUAUAGAAGCUUCUCCCCCCAACCCGAGCCGAGAGGUGUCUGGAGACACCAUUGUAUUUCGAGAUACCCAGAUCGGCAGCAGUGCUGUGUACCAAUGCAACGCAUCCAAUGAGCACGGCUACCUUCUCGCCAAUGCCUUUGUCAGCGUCCUGGACGUGCCUCCGCGGAUACUGGCCCCCCGCAAUCAGCUCAUCAAGGUGAUUCAAAACAACAGGACCCGACUCGACUGCCCCUUCUUUGGCUCGCCGAUCCCCACCCUGAGAUGGUUUAAGAACGGCCAGGGGAACACGCUGGACGGAGGAAACUACAAGGCACAUGAGAAUGGGAGCUUGGAGAUGAACAUGGCUCGGAAGGAGGACCAGGGCAUCUACACUUGUGUCGCUACCAACAUCCUGGGUAAAGCGGAGGCCCAGGUUCGCCUGGAGGUCAAAGACCCAACCCGGAUCGUGAGAGGCCCAGAAGAUCAGGUGGUGAAGAGGGGCUCCAUGCCUCGCCUCCACUGCCGCGUAAAGCACGACCCCACGCUGAAGCUCACGGUCACCUGGCUGAAAGACGAUGCACCCCUGUACAUUGGAAACAGGAUGAAGAAAGAAGAUGAUGGUCUGACAAUAUAUGGCGUGGCUGAAAAGGACCAAGGGGAUUACACCUGCGUAGCUAGCACGGAGCUGGACAAGGACUCAGCUAAAGCGUACCUCACCGUCCUAGCUGUCCCUGCUAACCGUUUGAGGGACUUACCGAAAGAACGCCCCGACCGGCCCCGUGACUUGGAGCUGACAGACCUGGCCGAGAGGAGCGUGCGGCUGACGUGGAUUCCCGGAGAUGACAAUAACAGCCCCAUCACAGACUACAUUGUCCAGUUUGAGGAGGACCGGUUCCAACCUGGCAUGUGGCAUAACCACUCCCGGUACCCUGGGAGCGUCAACUCGGCCGUCCUGAGCCUCUCUCCUUACGUCAACUACCAGUUUCGGGUGAUUGCGGUGAACGACGUGGGCAGCAGCCUGCCCAGCGUGCCCUCCGAACGAUACCAGACCAACGGGGCACGUCCUGAAAUUAACCCAACAGGAGUUCAAGGUGCAGGGACCCAAAAAAACAACAUGGAGAUCACCUGGACGCCUCUGAAUGCAACUCAAGCUUAUGGGCCCAACCUCAGGUACAUCGUGAGAUGGAGGCGAAGGGACCCCCGAGGGAGCUGGUACAAUGAGACGGUGAAGGCACCGAGGCAUGUCGUCUGGAACACGCCCAUCUACGUCCCCUACGAGAUCAAAGUGCAGGCAGAGAACGACUUUGGUAGAGCACCGGAGCCUGACACCGUCAUCGGCUAUUCAGGGGAAGAUUAUCCCAAGGCUGCGCCUACAGAUGUUAGGAUAAGAGUGUUAAACAGCACUGCCAUUGCUCUGACCUGGACCCGGGUGCACCUGGACACCAUCCAGGGACAGCUCAAGGAGUACAGAGCCUAUUUCUGGAGAGACAGUAGUUUGCUGAAGAACCUGUGGGUCUCCAAAAAACGGCAGUAUGUGAGUUUUCCUGGAGACCGAAACCGGGGCAUAGUGUCCCGGCUGUUUCCUUACAGCAACUACAAGCUUGAGAUGGUUGUAACCAACGGGAGAGGAGAUGGGCCACGCAGUGAAGUUAAGGAGUUCCCCACACCAGAAGGAGUGCCCAGCUCCCCCAGGUAUUUAAGAAUCCGACAGCCAAAUCUGGAAAGCAUCAAUCUGGAGUGGGAUCACCCAGAGCAUCCCAAUGGAGUCCUCACAGGAUACAACCUUAGAUAUCAAGCCUUUAACGGAUCCAAAACAGGCCGAACCCUGGUAGAGAACUUCUCUCCCAACCAGACAAGGUUCACCCUGCAGAGGACAGACCCCAUCUCGCGCUAUCGCUUCUUCCUGCGCGCACGGACCCAGGUGGGAGAAGGAGAAACCAUAGUGGAGGAGUCGCCAGCCCUGCUGAACGACGCCACGCCAACCCCAGCUGCAACUGGGUUGCCUCCAACUACAAUCGGUCUAACCAGUACUACAACAACCCCAACUACCACAACUACCGACACAACUACCACAACUACCGACACAACUACCACAACUACCGACACAACUACCACCACCACCACCACAGCCGCCACCACUCUACCCGCCACCACCGUCGCAAGCACUACAGCAGCUACAGAGAGGGCUCCGGCAGCCACCACAAAGCAGGAGUUGGCUUAUACCAAGAAUCACGUGGACAUCGCCACGCAGGGCUGGUUCAUCGGGCUGAUGUGUGCCAUAGCUCUCCUGGUCCUGAUUCUGUUGAUCGUCUGCUUCAUUAAGAGGAGCAGGGGCGGGAAGUAUCCAGUACGAGACAAUAAAGAUGAGCAUCUAAAUCCCGAAGACAAGAACGUAGAAGACGGGUCGUUUGACUACAGGUCUCUUGAAAGCGAUGAAGACAACAAACCCCUGCCAAACAGCCAGACCUCCCUGGACGGCACGAUAAAGCAGCAGGAGAGCGAUGAUAGCUUGGUGGACUAUGGAGAGGGGGGCGAAGGGCAGUUUAACGAGGACGGCUCCUUUAUCGGCCAGUACACGGUGAAGAAGGACAAAGAGGAGACCGAAGGCAACGAGAGCUCGGAAGCCACCUCCCCAGUCAAUGCUAUCUACUCGUUGGCAUAG